GCCGCGGCCGCCGCCUCCGUGCGCCAGAGCCCCGGGCCGGUCCUGGCGCGCCUGGAGGGCCGGGAGUUCGAGUUCCUAAUGCGACAGCCCAGCGUCACCAUCGGCCGCAACUCGUCGCAGGGCUCGGUGGACCUGAGCAUGGGCCUGUCGAGCUUCAUCUCCCGGCGCCACCUGCAGCUCAGCUUCCAGGAGCCUCACUUCUAUCUGCGCUGCCUCGGCAAGAACGGUGUCUUCGUGGACGGGGCCUUCCAGAGGCGGGGAGCGCCAGCCCUUCAGUUACCCCAACAAUGCACCUUCCGGUUCCCGAGCACGGCCAUCAAGAUCCAGUUCACAUCCCUGUACCACAAGGAGGAGGCCCCAGCAUCCCCUCUGCGGCCACUCUACCCUCAGAUCUCCCCACUGAAGAUCCACAUUCCGGAGCCGGACCUCCGGAGUCUCGUCAGCCCCAUCCCUUCCCCAACCGGCACCAUCAGCGUCCCCAACUCCUGUCCAGCCAGUCCCCGAGGAGCUGGGUCAUCAGGUUACCGCUUCGUCCAGAACGUGACUUCAGACCUUCAGCUGGCCGCGGAGUUCGCAGCGAAGGCCGCCUCCGAGCAGCAAGCAGACACGUCUGGUGGGGACAGCCCCAAGGACGAGUCGAAGCCACCGUACUCCUAUGCGCAGCUGAUCGUGCAAGCCAUCUCCUCGGCACAAGACAGGCAGCUAACACUAAGUGGCAUCUACGCCCACAUCACCAAACAUUACCCUUACUACAGGACUGCUGACAAGGGCUGGCAGAACUCCAUCCGACACAACCUCUCUCUUAACCGUUAUUUUAUCAAAGUCCCUCGGUCCCAGGAGGAGCCUGGGAAGGGCUCUUUUUGGCGAAUAGACCCAGCUUCUGAAGCCAAACUCGUGGAGCAAGCAUUCCGAAAGCGGAGACAGAGAGGUGUCUCCUGCUUCCGCACCCCCUUCGGGCCUCUGUCUUCGCGGAGUGCUCCAGCUUCACCCACCCACCCUGGACUGAUGUCCCCUCGUUCCAGUGGCCUGCAGACCCCAGAGUGCCUGUCUCGGGAAGGCUCCCCCAUUCCACAUGAUCCCGACUUGGGGUCAAAGUUAGCCUCUGUUCCAGAGUAUCGCUAUUCCCAGAGUGCCCCAGGCUCCCCUGUCAGCGCCCAGCCGGUGAUUAUGGCUGUCCCUCCCCGACCUUCCAACUUAGUGGCUAAGCCUGUCGCCUACAUGCCAGCUUCCAUAGUAACCUCACAGCAGCCCUCAGGCCAUGCUAUCCAUGUGGUGCAGCAGGCCCCCACUGUCACCAUGGUGAGGGUGGUAACCACCUCCGCCAACUCAGCCAACGGGUACAUCCUCGCUAGCCAGGGCUCCGCCGGGGGCUCCCACGACACAACAGGCACCGCUGUGUUGGACCUGGGCAAUGAGGCAAGAGGUUUGGAAGAGAAACCCACCAUAGCAUUUGCCACAAUCCCUGCAGCCAGCCGAGUUAUCCAGACGGUCGCCAGCCAGAUGGCCCCAGGAGUCCCUGGACACACAGUCACCAUCCUACAGCCAGCUACACCAGUGACUCUCGGGCAGCACCAUCUUCCAGUCCGGGCUGUCACUCAGAACGGAAAGCAUGCUGUGCCCACGAAUAGCUUAACUGGCAACGCUUAUGCCCUCACCAGCCCCCUGCAGCUCCUGGCAGCCCAGGCGAGUUCAUCCACACCAGUGGUCAUCACCCGGGUGUGUGAGGUAGGGCCUGAGGAACCAACAGCAGCCGUCUCGGGGGCCACCAAUGCCACACAGACCCCAGCAACCUCCACUACCACAUCUGCCUCUUCCAGCGGGGAGCCCGAGGUCAAGAGGUCCCGGGUAGAGGAGCCCACUGGGACAGCCAGCACACAGCCCACAGCAAUGGCAGCCACUGGCCCACAGGGACCAGGUACCGGCGAGUGACGUCACCUGCAGGAAGGUGGAGUGGGACUCACGCCCAGGUGCCCGGGUGGCCAGCUGCUGCACUCAAGGACGGAGAGAGAGGCUGACAGCCGCUUGCAGCACGUGUGCCACCAGGGCGGCCGCCACACUUGGACAGUUUCCUUUUUAUCUCUCCUGUCCUCCCAUGGUUUGAAACAAAACACAUAAACACGUUCAGACGACUUGAUUGUAUGAA